AUGUAUUCGCAACACCAACAUCCGACCGUGCCCGUCUCCACCACGAUGGCGAAUUACAAGACUCUUCUGACGCUCUUUAUUUCGUUCACCAUCAUCGCAUGCAGUCUCCAAUCUAUGGCGGCGGAUAGCGCGCUGUCGCUCAAUCAACUUCAGGCCCGGCGCAAACUUCAAGUUGUCCCCGCUGAUAAUGUCCCCGCUGAUAACGCCCCCGCUGAUAACGUCCCCGCUGAUAAUGUCCCCGCUGAUAAUGUCCCCGCUGAUAAUGUCCCCGCUAAUAACGUCCCCGCUGAUAAUGUCCCCGCUGAUGACACCACGGAUUACACCACGGAUGACACCACGGAUGACACCACUGAUGACACCACUGAUGACACUUACGAUGAUGAUUAUAAUCAUCCUAAGGUGACCACGACGGUGACCGUCGGCGGCUCGUCCUACAAGUUCGAUUCGGCUGAUUUUUGCUUUAACCUCAAGGCCAAGAACGGGCGCGGCGCAAGAGCGACGCGCUCUGCGCAGAGCGUGACGGUGUGGUGGAACGGAAAGGCGACUCCCCUUGGCAACGUGAUGAAGGCCCUCCGCGGUGGCAAGGGCGGCAAGUCGAGGAAAGGCGCGAGUGUGGCGCCGGCCGUCGCAUGCAAGGAGGUGCAUUUCUUCUCAAUGACUGACUGCUACGACGACGUCGUUGACAGAAUGACCAAGCCCAAGGCCAACACUAAGCGCAAAUUCUUCCGCCUCCCCAAAUCCACCACCAAGAAGAUCCCCAAGACUGUCAAGUCCGUCAGUUGCUUUCUCGGAUAUUAG